AGGAGGAGGAGUAUCGUUCAUCCAGUCAACCUGUUGCAGAACGGACGACGAUGGAGGAAACACGGCAUUCUGGGAAUGUUUGAAGGCGCAUUUCGAAGGAAAAGCAUCGACUGCGCGUCAGCAGAGCCGCCGGGAUCGACUGCGUAAAAACGGUGCCAAAGGAGGUUCAGCGGUUUUUAGGGAUUUUAUUGGAUGGUAAUUCGCGGAGGCUCCGCCCUCCCACCUGUAAACUACCCCAGCUUGGGGCGGAAAGAGCUUCCCCGCGUUGUCACAGGGGUACAAGGGGGCACGAUUGGUGGGAUAGAAGAGACAAAAAGGGGUAGAAGAGGUAAAACAAAGGAAACAGCGCUGUGCGCUGAAGGCGCGUCACCGACACAACGAGCGAGAGCGCGCAGCGAGAGAGAGAGAGAGAGAGAGAGAGAGAGAGAGAGAGAGAGAGAGAGAGAGAGAGAGAGAGAGAGACAUCACUGCUGGGUCGUUCUUUCUGGACAAACACACAUAAACUCUCAGAGAAAUGACCAUCCUGGCGUUCAGCUGACCGGAGAGAGAGAGAGAGAGAGAGAGAGACAGAGAGAGAGCGAGAGCGAGAGAGAGAGAGAGAGAGAGAGAGAGAGAGAGACCUGUAUAGACAGCACUGCUGGGUCAUUUUGCUCCCAAACGUCACCUCCUGCGCUGGAACAAGCUGGACGAAAUGACCAUGGUCCUGUAGGCUGGUACUGCCCACCGCUGCCCAGUGCACCCGCUACACCGUCACCGUCAGUGUCCAGGAGGGCUGCUGGGUAAAAACAUGGCCGAUCCCUGGUCAGUUGGACCUACCAGGACAGCCCGAAGCGCCAGCUGAACCGACCAUGGAGCGUAAACCUGUGGCCACCGAGCCGUGAUGACCAACUUGGUGUCCAGCGAGGUGUCCAGAGGUCCAGCCAGGAUGGACGUGGUCAUCCCUUACUCCCCGGACGUGCCGUGUGACAGCAACGGUCAGCGCAUGUGGUGGGCUUUCCUGGCCUCCUCCAUGGUCACUUUCUUCGGCGGGCUCUUCAUCAUCCUCCUGUGGAGGACCCUCAAGUACCUGUGGACCGUCUGCUGCCACUGCAGCGUCAAAAAGAAGGACGUUCAGAGGGUCAGUAACCCCAUUGGAGCCGGAGAUGGAGGGGGUAAAGUUGGAGAUAAGAAAGAAGCGGCUGCAGCGGUCAGCGAGGUCGGCUGGAUGACCUCAGUCAAGGACUGGGCCGGGGUCAUGAUCUCCGCACAGACGCUGACCGGACGAGUGCUGGUGGUGCUGGUGUUCGCUCUCAGCAUCGGAGCCCUCGUCAUUUACUUCAUCGACUCCUCUGAUCCUAUAGAAUCUUGUCAGAAUUUCGACAAGGACAUCACAUUGCAGAUCGACAUGGCGUUCAAUGUGUUCUUCCUGCUCUACUUCGGUCUGCGAUUCAUCGCAGCUAAUGACAAGCUGUGGUUCUGGCUGGAGGUGAAUUCAGUGGUGGAUUUCUUUACUGUGCCCCCGGUCUUCGUGUCGGUGUAUCUGAACCGGAGUUGGCUUGGGCUGAGGUUUUUAAGAGCCUUAAGAUUGAUACAGUUCUCAGAAAUAUUGCAGUUUUUAAAUAUCUUAAAGACAAGCAAUUCAAUAAAGCUGGUGAACUUGUGCUCAAUCUUCAUAAGCACAUGGCUAACUGCUGCGGGCUUCAUACACUUGGUGGAAAACUCAGGGGAUCCUUGGGAAAACUUCCAAAAUUCCCAGCCACUUUCCUACUGGGAAUGCGUGUACUUACUCAUGGUAACCAUGUCCACGGUGGGCUACGGAGACGUUUGUGCUAAAACGACGCUCGGCCGCCUUUUCAUGGUCUUCUUCAUCCUCGGCGGAUUGGCCAUGUUUGCCAGCUACGUCCCUGAAAUCAUAGAAUUAAUAGGAAACCGCAAGAAAUAUGGUGGUUCCUAUAGUGCGGUAAAUGGGAGAAAGCAUAUUGUGGUGUGUGGUCACAUCACUCUGGAAAGUGUUUCCAACUUCCUCAAAGACUUCCUUCACAAGGACAGGGACGAUGUCAAUGUAGAAAUUGUUUUUCUCCAUAAUAUUUCCCCUAAUCUUGAGCUGGAAGCCUUAUUCAAGCGCCACUUCACUCAGGUGGAAUUCUACCAGGGAUCCGUUCUGAAUCCCCAUGACCUAGCAAGAGUCAAGAUUGAAUCAGCAGAUGCCUGUUUGAUUCUGGCCAAUAAAUAUUGUGCGGACCCUGAUGCCGAAGAUGCGUCAAAUAUCAUGAGAGUGAUUUCUAUCAAGAACUACCAUCCAAAGAUCCGAAUCAUCACGCAGAUGCUGCAGUACCACAACAAGGCUCACCUGCUGAACAUCCCCAGCUGGAACUGGAAGGAGGGUGAUGAUGCAAUCUGCCUGGCUGAGCUGAAGCUGGGCUUCAUCGCCCAAAGCUGCCUGGCCCAGGGCCUGUCCACCAUGCUGGCCAACCUGUUCUCCAUGAGGUCAUUCAUUAAGAUUGAGGAGGACACGUGGCAGAAGUAUUACCUGGAAGGAGUAGCCAAUGAGAUGUACACAGAGUAUCUGUCCAGUGCCUUUGUGGGUUUAUCCUUCCCUGUGGUUUGUGAACUCUGCUACGUGAAGCUGAAGCUCCUGUUGAUCGCCAUCGAGUACAAGUCUGAUCAGAGAGAGAGCAGUACGCUGAUUAAUCCAGGGAAUCAUGUGAAGAUGCAGGAGGGAACGCUGGGCUUCUUCAUCGCCAGUGAUGCCAAAGAAGUGAAGAGGGCCCUUUACUACUGCAAAGCCUGCCACGAUGACAUCACAGAUCCAAAAAGGAUAAAGAAGUGUGGAUGCAAACGCAUGAUGUAUUCUAGGAAGGCCGGCAGCCACCGAAUGCGUCUGGCAUGUUGUUUAGAUUGCGGACAGGCCGAACGAGGCUGCUUGUGCAUGUCUCACCGUGAUCAUAGUAACAUGGAGACUCCACCACCCCGUGCCUUUCCUCUCUCUUCCACCUCGCUUAGUGAUAAAACGGCCGCAUUACAUUCCUCUAAAAGUAACUAUAACGGAUAUAUCAAAUCAAUUGAGGAAGUGCACCAGUCCACUCUGUCCCCGAAGAAAAAACAACGCAACGGAGGAAUGAGGACUUCACCCAACUGCUCCCCAAAAACACUGAGGCACGACCCCCUCUUGAUCCCCAGCCAUGAUCAGAUGGAAACGAUGGAUGAGAAUGUGAAGAAAUAUGACUCUACAGGAAUGUUCCACUGGUGUCCCUCUAAAGACAUCGAGAAGGUCAUACUGACUCGUAGUGAAGCAGCGAUGACCGUGCUGAGUGGUCAUGUGGUGGUGUGUAUAUUCGGGGACGUGAAGUCGGCUGUUGUUGGUCUGAGGAACCUGGUGAUGCCGCUGAGGGCCAGCAACUUCCACUACCACGAGCUGAAGCCCAUCGUGUUUGUGGGCUCUUUGGAGUAUCUGAAGCGGGAGUGGGAGACCCUCCACAACUUCCCCAAAGUCUCCAUACUGCCCGGCAGUCCUCUGAGCAGAGCAGAUCUGAGGGCCGUCAACAUCAACCUGUGUGACAUGUGUGUGAUCCUGUCGGCCAAUCAGAACAACAUAGACGAUGCGUCUCUGCAGGAUAAAGAGUGCAUACUGGCCUCCCUCAACAUCAAAUCCAUGCAGUUUGACGACAGCAUAGGCCUCCUUCAGGCCAACUCACAGGGCUUUACUCCUCCUGGAAUGGAUCGAUCGUCUCCUGAGAACAGUCCUGUUCACGGCCUGGUCCGGCAGACCUCCGUCACGACAGGAGCAAACAUCCCUAUCAUCACAGAGCUCGCUAAAUCAGACAGGCUGCUGAACGCAGUGUGUGUGAGGCAAGACAAGAGCAGCGGGACGAACAUCCCUAUGAUCACUGAGCUGGUGAAUGAUUCCAAUGUCCAGUUUCUGGAUCAAGAUGAUGAUGAUGAUCCAGACACAGAGCUGUACCUCACCCAGCCUUUCGCCUGCGGAACUGCCUUCGCUGUCAGCGUGCUCGACUCUCUCAUGAGUGCGACGUACUUUAACGAUAAUAUUCUCACGUUAAUUCGGACGCUGGUUACGGGAGGAGCCACCCCAGAGUUGGAGGGCUUAUUAGCAGAAGAAAAUGCUUUACGUGGCGGCUACAGCACCCCCCAGACACUGGCCAACAGAGACAGAUGCCGCGUGGCACAGUUGGCUCUCUACGAUGGGCCAUUCGCUGACCUUGGGGAUGGUGGCUGCUAUGGCGAUUUAUUCUGCAAGGCGUUAAAAACAUACAACAUGCUGUGCUUUGGGAUAUACCGGUUAAGAGAUGCUCACCUGAGCUCUCCGAGCCAGUGCACCAAGCGGUACGUCAUCACCAACCCUCCGUAUGACUUUGAGCUGGUGCCCACAGACCUGAUCUUCUGUCUGAUGCAGUUUGACCACAACGCUGGUCAGUCUCGGGCCACUCUCUCCCACUCGUCCCACUCCUCUCAUUCCUCCAGUAAGAAAAGCUCAUCUGUCCAUUCGGUCAGCACUAGCACCCGUGCUGGCCGCAGCAAGAGCCGAGAGCCGAGAGACAAGCAGAAGUAUGUUCCACUGUAAUGCCCUGAAGACCUGUCACUAUACCUGUACCUCUCUAUUGUCUCUCUGUCUCUCUCUCCCUCUCUCUCUCUCUCUCUCUCUCUCUCUCUCUCUGUUUCUCUAUAUGUCUCUCUCUCUCUUCCCAUCUGUCUUACUCUCUCUCUCUCUCUCUCUCUCUCUCUCUCUCUCUCUCUCUCUCUCUCUCUCUCUCUCUCCCUCUCUCUCUCUCUCUCUGUCUCUCUGUGCCUGUGUGACGCGUCUGGCCUCGUGCUGCUGCUGGCUGUGUCUGUGAGCCGUGCGGUCAGUCUGCACGCUCUCCUGCAGCCGUGUGCCAUUUGCAUGUGACCUCAGAAUGUCGCAGCGUGACUCAUAACAGUGAACUUGAAACUCAGUCAGAUUCAGCCAUACACGCUUCCCACGUCCUCGGAAACACAUCGUCACUCCCGCUCGCUCGGCUCUGCCUGUCAAAACUCUUCUGUUCGUCUUCAGCCGCAGUUUACGUUUUAAAGAAAAGUGGUGUUUUACUUUGUUCAUUGCCGCUGUCUUACCUGGUUUACCUGGAGUCUGUUUGGGGUCCUGUAGAAACGGAGAUGAGAUUUUUGCACUGAAACUGCACUUUAAGCACAGAGCAUUGCUGUCGUCACGCCAUCAUAUGUGUUUGUUCAUUUCUUAGUUACAUCUUAUAUUCAUUGCCUUUUUUCUGUUCUGGGCAAUAGCCUCAUUCCUCCCUCUGUGGCUCUUUUCUUCCUGCAUGGGUUUGAUAAACGACUACACCAAAUAUACGAUUAAUCCACACCUCUCAUACGAAAGAUCCCAGAUUUCUGUGGAAAAAGUCGAGCGAAAGCGUUUCAGUAAUUCAUGCUCCAAAUGUUUUUUUAGUUGUUAUUUUUUCACGUUUCUAAAUUGCUUUUUUUUUUAAUUGAGCUGAAAUUUAAACUGAGUAUAAAUACAAAUCUUAGAAUAACAUUUCACAUUAAAUUAACUGGAUUCGUGGUAAUAAAUUCCCUAAAUAAACUUGUUUCUUCUACAUCUAUAAAAUAUUUAGUGGAAUAAAGACCAUAAGCACUACAGAGAUGUGGGAAAAGGUGAUACAGUCAGGAGAGUCAUCCUUCUCCUUCUUCUGCAUAAGUGGGUGAAAACAUGCAGUGUGAGCCAAGAAGUUAGGAGAUGUCUCUGGAAUACCGUAGCAAUGACCUAGCAACAUCACAGCAACCACCUGGAAUACCGUAGAAAUCACACAGCAGCAGCCUAGCAACCACCUGGAAUAUUAUACUGCAGUUAUCUAGCAACAACCUAGCACAGUCAACAAUUUUUUCAUUUCUGCAGGGUCUUUUCAUCAGUGGUGUCUGUGACUGGUAGAGGUAAGGAAAAAAACACCUCAGUGAUGAUGCUAAAUUCUGCUAGCGUCCCAAUAGGAUUCCAGUAGUUUGUUAGCGCUAAACUUUCAAAUCUUCUAUUCCACCUAAAACGGGCACUGCAAAGAAAUCUUGUCAAGGGAAAUGAUCUUAAAUGUAGUCACUAUAUCUAAAAUUUUCCAUUUUGAGAUGGGACAAAGGUUUUCUAGCUUAUUUCUAGAUGAUAUUUACUUGUUUUAAGUCCUUUUAUUAAGUAAAAUGAUCUCACUGUACUGGCAGAUAAUUUUGUUGGUUUCACACACAUUUCUUAAAACAAGCACAGUUAUCUGCCAGGGUAGUGAGAUUAACGUAAUAAUAUCACAUAAACCAGCAAAAAAUGUCUGGAAAUAAGAAAAAUAAUCUAAAUUUAAGCUCACAACAAUCCCAACAGGAGAAUUAUUAGACAUAUUCACUAUAACUAAGAUCAUUUUACUUGAUACCAUUUUUUUUGCCGUGGGGCAGCAGUUGCAUUCGGGUGCAUUUAGGUUAAUGUAACAAGUUAGGACUUCUCUUCAGCUCCUGAAGUCCUCACCAGUUGGAGUGAUCGCUCAGCUAUAUCUAUCUAGAUAUACAAUGGAGGAAAACAGCUCCUGAUUGGCCAUUUUUCUGCUGGAUGCUUAAAGAAUCGAAGCCUUUUUUUAUCCUGUGCUUUAACGACGAAAGAGUAGUAUUGUAACACUUAAUAAACGUAAUAAGAAUAUAAAAAAGCCUAAAUCGUUAGGCGUUCUCUAAAGGCCUAGAAGGCCCUGAGGGGUCUCCUCUGAUUUUUAGAGAUAGAGAAUAUAAUGACUUUAGAAUUAAAAAUCCAUGUUCCAGGUGUUUUUGACAGGAUAUAUUCUCAAAAGGGAAUAAUCCCAUUCCCUACCUAGUUUCUUAAACCUAAUCCCUCCCCAGCGUUCCUUUAGUGUUAUAUUUAUACUCAUUUUAAAAUUCAGUUCAGAUAUGUCCGAUGUCAGCAUUCACUGAGCAACUGAACACGAUAAUUAUUUUCAUUGGCAAACUUAACAAAUUCAUAAUUUAAAAAAAUGUGGAGAACACUUGAAAUGUUGCGUUGUUGAACAAAUUAGAUGUUUAGCUUGAUUUUUUUUCCUGGAAAUCCGCGGCUGACUUGUCAGGCUCUGGACCAAAAGGCUGGUGUUGAAUAAGCCUUAUCUCUGUUAUAGCGUACGCUGUAGGUCUUCACCAGUGGGCUUACUGUACAGACCCUCAUACUGUAGCAGUCAAAAUUUUGGACACACCUGAGUGAGUUUAUGUCUUAUAUAUAUUUUGAUCUGAAGCCUUAUGCUUAAGUUCCGUAAAUAAAUUUCUGUUUAUAUGAAUAAAAGUAGUUGAUGUUUGUAUUUAUUUUAAAUACAAAAUUUGCAAAUUAAAAGUAGCUCAUUUGUAUUGGAAUUUGAGAUUUUGGACAGUUAAUUUUGGACAUGCAAAGUUUUUGGGUUUUUUUUUUUUUUGUUCUUUUUUUCCUCGGUGUUUUCAAUUCAUGCAAAUAAAAAAAAACGGAACAUUUUUUACUAAUUGAAGCUACUUAAGGGAAUGUCCUGACAAUUUCUUUAGUUCAGUUUCAAUUUAACACUUUUGGUAACUCCGUGUUCUCUCACAGUUUCGACGAGGAAAAUAUUAAAAAGAAAGAAAAAAAUCUUCUAUUAGUAGUUGUGCCCAAACCUUUGGACUGCUGCUGUGUGCUCUAUCUCAUGUGAAGGAAGAAAGAUUGCUGCCUUCAGAGAGUGAUGACCUUAAAAUUAGUCAAUGAGCAACUUCAUGGUAGCCUUGCCUGAGAAAUGUCAAGCAUGAUACAAUUCAGAUUUAUUCCUCAAUCCCACAAACCCAUCACAUACUCAAUCUCAGUGUUAAUUCUGCUAGAAAUGCUUCUUUUAUGUUUACGUGUCACAUUUUUUGCCAUUUGAUUUGAUGAUUUGGUGAUUUGAUUGACUGAUCAAUAACUUUAAAGAUCUGAUAUUAAACAUUUAUUCAAUUAUAGCCAAUAUAAUCCGUUUUACCACCAAUUUAUAGCUAAUUUAAUCUGUUUUUUUAAAUCUGGUUUACAAGUGAAAUUGUGCAUAAUCUGGUUUACCACCAAAAUUAUACAUAAUCUGGUUUACCAAAAAAAAUGUAGGCAAUCUGAUCAGGAUUACCACCAGAAUUAUUGCCAAUUUACUGUGGUUCACCAAUCUAAUCAUAUGUAAUCUGGUUCACUAAUAAAACUGUAUAUAAUAUGAUUGUUUACCAUUAAAACUGUGCAUAAUCUGGUUUACCACCAAAAUUGUACAUGAUAUGGUUUGCCACCAAAAUUACAGCCCACAUAUAAGAAGGUGUACCACCAAAUUUGUAGCCAGUCCAAUCUGGAUUACCAGUAAAAUGAUAUGUAAUCUGGUUCACUUAUAAAAUUGUAUGUAAUCUGAUUUACUGCCAAAAAUGUACAUAUAUAUAAUCUGGUCUACCAUCCAAGUUAUAUGUAGUUUGGUUUACCGCUAAAAAUGUGGCCAACUUAUUUUGGUUUACCACUAACUUUAGUACAGAAGAUCAGUUGGACCCCUAAUCUCAGACUCAUGCAUGUGUUCCUUUAGUCCAAUCACAUUAUAAAACACACACGUUAUUUUUUUUAACAGUUGCUGAGCGAAUACGGAGGUGUUUCUAUGGUCAGUAAGUGGACUUUCGGCUACUUCCCUCUGUCUUUUGUAAAUUUCAUUUUACCUUCAUUAUUCCAAUGAAAUUUUACUCCCAUCCUCCUCAUCGUCUAAAAUGAUUUCAGUAUUUUGAAGGCUGUUUCGAGGCUGAAACGCUGAUUAGCUGCCUUUGUUAGGUGGUACAGAGUAACACAAAUACUGUUGAGUAUGCACAAGAAUAUCACUCACCAAGUGAACUGUUCACACUGCUCGCGCAAUGAAAUGUUACGCAUGAAACAUGUUUGCUUUCUUUGUUGAAUUUUUGUUCAUAUUCAUGUAUUAGAAUUCUUGGACCAAAGUACUGAUUUUAUGGAUAUUAUAAAAGAUGUGUAGAAAACCUUCCACAUAUUUACAAUGAAAUGGUAUACUCUAUAUAAUAAAAAUAAUCCUAAUAAAAAAAUCUUUUUCUGUAUUAAA